GAUUUUCCUCGGACACCAAAAGAUAUGGGACCUACACCCCACAUGACUUUUGGCUGUAAUCAUGGCCUGCAGCGUCGCUUCUGCCUUCCUUCAUGGCCCCCCAGGAUCUAUCCUCCCUACCGGCAGAGUUACUGUUGGCCGUGACAGAGUUCCUGGAUGCGGAAACCUACAUCCGUCUGUCUCAAACCUGUAGUCUAUUCCGGUACCUCCUCUUUAAUUCUCCCCGAAGAUGGGCAUUCGGAGCGAAUCCAGACGUUCUGCUGACACAUUCAGGGCUUGACGUCACGUUUACGCAGAACCACGGUCCUGAUGCAUCGGACCUGCUGUACGAUUCGGUGAUUACCGUUUUGGAAGAGCGGAAUGGAACAGUGAGGUACAAUAGGGUGUAUCGCGGCUUGCGAUGCCGUGGGGACCGGUCUGUGGUCGGUGGGAUGCCGCUGUGUGUCUUGCCAAUUGGGUGGAAGCAACGUACGAAUCCCUCCAUGGCAUACUACGAAAUCAAAGUAACAAGUACACACGAUGGGACAUGGCGCAUUGGGUUAGCGAGAGAGGGCUACUCGUCUGUUCACCCUGUUGGAAUCUUGCCGUAUAGUGUUGGAUACUGCAGUGAAGACGGCUCUGUAGCUCUCGGUCAUCGGGACGGGGAACGCUUUCAAUUUGCGCCACCAUGGAAGAGUGGAGAUAUUGUUGGGUGUGGGUAUCUCGUUGAUCAGGGCGACACACUCGCAACGGUAUUUUUCACUCUGAAUGGCUUCUGGGUAGGUGAUGCACCGUAUGUGAUCACUAGCACGCCAUAUGACUAUCGGGAGAUAUGGUUCCCAGUCGUGACGUCCUCAGUGGGCUGCCAAGUGCAAAUAAACCUUGGACAAGAGCCCUUUGCGUAUAAGCUUGCGAACAGUAUGUCGGGCGCCACACAUUUGGCUACUAAGCGCUUGUGGCCGAGGCCAAGAUGCGUGGAUGCCACUUCAGCUACGUCGGACCUUGUCAUGGCACCUAAUCCCCUUCCUCACCCCUCCGACCCAUACAUUUCAGCCGUCCUCCCAUCACCCUACACACUCCACUUCCCAGAUAUUGGCUCCACAACAGCCCGCUCCUGCUUCUCAACAAAACCCAUCCCGCCACAGUUUUACUACGAACUCGUCGUACUGGAUCCUGGACCCAACUUUAACAGUUUUCUCUCCUUUGGCCUGGCCACAAAACCUUACUCUUCCUUUCAUCAUAUUGGAUGGGAUGCUCACAGUAUCGGCUACCACACCGAUGACGGACGGGUCUACCACGGAGCGUUCGCAAAAGGCAUCAAAUACGAUACAGAUCUGGAACUUGCUGGCGUGCAGCGUGGUACGGUGCUGGGAUGUGGGUAUGAUGCCGGGGUGGGGUCUGUGUAUUUUACGAGGGAUGGAAGGUUCCUGGGAACGGCUGGUGAGGGGAUUUGGGGGGAGUUAUAUGUGGCUGUCGCAGCGAUUAGAGCAUGGAAGGUGGAAGUUAAUUUUGGGAAACGGGCGUUUGUUUAUCAUCCGAAGGAGGAGGAUGUGGGUUUGGGACAGUCAUUUCCCCUCGUUCACCUUCAACACACGCCUCGAAUAUAAAGGUCCAGAGCACCCCGUACGUAUGAAUAUCCAACCCAACCAGAUUACUUUAAUUUUAUAAGAUGCCUCAUAUAUAGACUGUUUACUUAAGAAUGUCCAAGCAAUGCUAAUGAUGCAGCCAUAUGUAUAAAACGAAACCAUUAUAAUUUCGGUUCUAUCACCAAGAUGCA